AUGAAGAUGCAGCUAAACGACCUUCGUCGCGAGGGUGAGAAGCACGAGUUUGUGUUCAAUCAGUUCGUGCAAUCGUUAGAUUGGCGAUUGUUUGCAAAAGAUGGAGACGAUAAAGAGCUAGUGAAGAAAAAUUUUCUAUUCGACGAUUUGGUUGUAGUAUUUGCUCUAUCGCUCUUGAUGGUGCGAACACCUGCGUCAUCUCAACUCGGUUCGACUUCUGUCGCACAGCCUAAUCAAAGACCACCUAGAACGUUGUUUGCUCUUGACAUCGUGCUGUCUCUGGUUGGACAAGUCGCUAUAUUUCUUGGAUGUAUUUACAUUGCGUUGGCGGCAGCAGAGGCGCGACCGUGGUUUUGCUCGGCAGAAAAGGCGCUAACACUCACACGAGCGGCUUCAGACGGUGGAGAGAAUGAUCCUGACGUCGUGCAAGCGCCUUGCUACGUAUUUAUACCUGGCGAGCCGGCAGAUCUGACCUCAAAUUCGUACGAAAAUAGUGUUUUAUGGCGUUUUGGACACCUCCAAUACUGGAUUGCAGCUGUCACGCUUAAUGUCCGUGACAAGUACCGAGCGCCCGUUCUACGGUCGAAUCGGACAUUUGUGUUUUACACCUUUGUCUUGUUGAUUAUUCUGCUCGUACAGCUUUUAGGGAAUACUGGGAAUCGUGAGGAUGAAAAAUCGACAGCGUCAGCAGCAGUAGCAAAAGCAUUGAAAGCACGUGGCGUGGAUGUGAGUUUAGGAGCGCUGGAGCUGCCUGCAAGUUUUGCAUGGUCUCUGUUUCCACUGUUUCUCUUUGAUGCUGGCUGCGUCUUGUGCUGGGAGGUCGUGGUCGUUGGAAUGGUAUUACCUCGCUUUCGAAUGCAGCAAUUGAGCGGCUUUCGUAACCGCAAAAGCAAAUCUGGCGGCUGGAAGACGUGCUUUGGCCUUCGUGGUGAGACCGAUAAACAGAGUCUCGUGUCACCUUUUGGUACUGAACGACAUGGUUUGUUAGGUGGUGAUACGAUUCAAGGUGGUCAACAAGUGAAAGUGAAUUUAAAGCCCAUUGGUAUCAAAGGGAACGUCGGUAGGGUGGAUAGUGACGAUGAUGAAGAGGAAGACGUAUUAGACAUCCCUUCGACUGAGAUUGUGUAG